CUCUCAAAGUAUCUGCUCUCUCCCUCCCUGUGUGUCAGUUUCUUUCUUCGUGCCUCAAAAAAAAAUAGGCCCUUUAAGGAGUUCUUGACCAAUCUCUUCUGGAAGUAAAGAGGAAGUAAGUACCUUGGUUCUCUGUUUGAGCCAUGGAAGGAGGAAUACUUCCAGUAACUGAUGUUUCGGCUUUCAGAGAAUGUUUCUCUUUGGCAUGGAAGAACCCUUAUGUUCUUCGGCUAGCUUUCUCUGCUGGAAUCGGUGGUUUGCUCUUUGGUUAUGAUACUGGAGUUAUUUCUGGAGCUCUUCUUUAUAUUAGAGAUGACUUCAAGUCUGUUGAUAGGCUGACUGUUCUGCAGGAAAGCAUUGUCAGUACGGCAGUCGCCGGAGCAAUCAUAGGCGCUGCAAUUGGUGGAUGGAUGAACGAUCGAUUGGGCCGGAGAAUCUCGCUAAUGGUUGCAGACUUUCUCUUCUUUGUUGGAGCUGUUGUCAUGGCCUCUGCUCCCAACCCAGGUCUACUUAUCCUUGGUCGUGUUUUUGUUGGUCUCGGCGUUGGUAUGGCGUCCAUGACAGCUCCACUAUACAUCUCAGAAGCUUCUCCUCCGAAAGUCCGAGGUGCCCUGGUCAGCACCAAUGGUUUCCUUAUAACUGGAGGCCAGUUUCUGUCUUACCUUAUCAACUUAGCAUUCACCAAGGCUCCUGGGACAUGGAGGUGGAUGCUUGGAGUUGCUGGAUUACCAGCGUUACUUCAGUUUAUAUUAAUGUUGUUUCUCCCAGAAUCACCACGCUGGCUUUAUAGAAAGGGAAGGGAAGAAGAAGCCAUACGCAUACUAAGACAAAUAUUCCCUGCAAAUGAGGUUGAAAUGGAGAUACAAACUCUGAAAGAAUCGGUUGAUUCAGAGGUCAAGGAAGAAGGAUCAUCAGAGAAGAUUAAUUUCACCAAGAUACUGAAAACCAGGACAGUCAGAAGAGCACUGGUAGCAGGUGUUGGACUACAGAUCUUUCAACAAUUUGUGGGCAUUAACACAGUAAUGUAUUAUAGCCCUACAAUUGUUCAGUUGGCUGGUUUUGCAUCCAACCAAACAGCUCUCCUACUAUCCCUUAUCACAGCAGGUCUCAAUGCCCUUGGCUCCAUUGUGAGCAUAUACUUUGUAGACAAAACAGGCAGGAAAAAACUUCUGGUUAUUAGUCUAACUGGAGUUAUGGUCUCACUGGCACUUCUAGCCGCUACAUUCCAUGAGACCACGGCACAAUCUCCCCAGGUUAGCAGGCAGGACACAGCCCACUUCUCUGGCUUGACCUGCCCAGAUUUCCAGUCCACAUCUGCUGGUUGGGACUGUAUGAAGUGCUUGAAGGCCUCUUCUCCAUCUUGUGGCUUCUGUGCAUCUCUAACAGACAAGUUAAAUCCUGGGGCAUGUUUGAUCACAAAUUCAACAGUGAAGAAUAUGUGUCAAGGGGAACAAAGGCUAUGGUACACAAGGGGUUGCCCUAGCAGAUAUGGGUGGAUCGCUUUAAUUGGAUUAGCCCUUUACAUCAUUGCCUUUUCCCCUGGGAUGGGUUCUGUUCCAUGGAUUGUAAAUUCUGAGAUAUACCCUUUGAGGUUCAGAGGUGUCUGUGGGGGUAUAGCUGCUACUGCUAACUGGAUCUCAAACCUGAUCGUGGCUCAGUCCUUCCUCUCCUUGACACAGGCAAUUGGGACUGCAUGGACUUUCCUCAUUUUUGGGGUAGUCUCUGUUGUUGGCGUGUUCUUUGUCUUGGUUUGUGUACCAGAGACCAAGGGGCUACCAAUUGAGGAAGUUGAGAAGAUGCUUGACCGGAGAGCUCUACACAUUAGGUUCUGGAGAAAGGGCUCAGAUGAUACGGAGAAGUAAGAAUUCGAAUCAAGAGUGCUGUAGUAAGAUAAUUUGUAUACCAAGGUUGAAACUAGUUUAUAUUUAGAGA